AUGCCGAAAGUUCAGAUUACCUCUAUUUUGGGGAAUUGUGCUCCUUUUAUAAGUCUUGGGAGAUGUGCAAUUGAUGCGCCACAUGUCCAGUGGGCAAUUGGUGCUUUUACACUGCAAUCGGUAGGCAUGGGUACUGAGGGAUUCCCUACCGAGGCCUUGCUUUAUCCAUGUGUUCAGCUUUUACUGGUCGCUGAUUUUGGUAUCAACAGUAUUGAAAACAAAUUUGGGAGAAAGCAGUUCCCUCUUCCUAAAAGAAAGGAAAAGUAA